UUCAUCUACAAGGCAAGUGUAGGCAUCCAUUUUCAUCAUGGACAUGAAGAAGAUCUCCUUUGCCGUCCUCAUUGUUGCCGCCUCUAUGAGCGCAGCCUUGAUAGCCCACGCCGCCGAGGGCCCUGCCGUCGAGGGCCCUGCUGCUGAGGGCCCUGCCGCCGAGGGCCCUGCUGCUGCUGCAGGCCCCGGCGCUUCUGCUGUGGCCCCCACCAGCGGAGCUGCCGUGACAUCCCCGGUUGUUGGGUCUUUGAUCGGAGCUUUCCUUUUGUCCUUCUUUGCCUACUAUUUGCAGUAAGCUUUUUUUAAGAGGGAAGGAGAGAACAGGAUAAUUAAUAUAUAAUAUAUAAAAAAAGGAAUGAGUUACUGGGGAAUAUGUAGAAACAAUUUUCUUCAAUGAAGAGAUUGAUAAGAGAAGAGCAGAUGAUAAUUGUAAAUCUGUUUGGUUUCUCGGAAUUUAUUUUUUUCAGUUUGUUGCAGAAAUUUCCCCUUAACUAAUUAAUUUCUGUUUUGUCAUAUAUAUUUUGCUAGCUGAUACGUUGCAAUAAAGGUAAAAAAUUUAAAACAAAAAUUCUGAUUCA